AUGUUCAUAAAGCUUUUAAAUAUACUCAAGAAAAAUGGUGUCUAUAUAAUCAAAGAUCUGUUUAUUCUCUUUCUUAUACUCACAUUUAUCGUGGGUACAGUGCUUUAUCUGUAUAAAUAUCAUAAAAAGAAGGAAUCAUACGCACUGAAUAUAGUUCUGACAGCAUUUGUAUCGAGGAUGACAGGUGUAGAAUUUUUAGAAGCCAUCAAAGUCAGGAUUCUUAAGAUUUCUUAUUACUUACAAAAAAUAAUCUACAAAAAGUAGUAUAUUGAUGCCAAUAGAAAAAAUGAUGCUGAGGAAUCAUAAGGAAAGAGGAAGUUCUAGGCAACAAAAAUGAUAUAGGAAUAUCUAGAAAAGAGCUUGAAGUAAAAUGAUGUUAAAGACUACUGUCAAAAUUAAGCAAGAGGCCCUUAUGAACGAAGUGUAAAUAGAAUCACAAAUUAGAAUCAAGAGCAGCAGGUUAGUGAGAUGAGUAUGGAUUAUUUCGGUUUCCGAAGCUAUAUGUGCAAGAGAUCAAGAUCAAAUGAAGAUUUCUUUGACAAUCAGUGA